AUUUUUUUUACGGAUGUCAAUGGAAUGGUGCUCCCGCCUGCGCUAACGGUAUACAGUGGAGGACGAUAAGAUAAGCCCAUCGUGACAAAUUCACCAAGAAUUUAUCUCGAUGGUUUCCAGGGGGCACCGCGUGGAGGACAACCUGAUAGGGUACAUUGCUAGCAAUAAGAUCAUCAGUCCACAUUACUAACAAGGAGUUGCGAUUCGUAUUUGCGUAUUCCAUAUGUGGCCAGGAUGAGCCACCCAGUUGGGAAAAUAAUCCCAAGGUACCGGCCUUUCACCUCGCCGGGCUACAUGCCAAAAGGUCUGAAUAUUCAUAUAAAUAUAAGUUUGCUGACUAUGGAACAAAUAUACAAAUUGGAAAAAGAUAUACAGGAACUGCGCAAACUAUUGAGAAGUAAAGAGAAAGAGUUGUAUGUAAUGAAAAAAGAAUAUUCACAGCAAAUUCAGCAACAACAUACAAAUAUACAAUCAGAUGCUGUGUAUGUGUGUGGAGAUAAAUUACCUAAAUGGGCCAUAGAGAGGUACAGUCGCCAGAUAUUGCUGUCUGAUAUUGGAGUGGCUGGCCAGGAGAAGCUGUGCAGCGCGAAGGUGCUGCUGGUGGGAGCUGGUGGUCUAGGCUGUCCCGCCGCUAUGUACCUAGCGGGCGCUGGAGUUGGUGAGAUUGGCAUAGUGGAUUAUGAUGCAGUGGAUCUUACGAACAUUCACCGUCAGAUACUGCACGGGGAAGGUGACCAGCACAUCAGUAAGGCAGAAUCUGCAGCCCAGACCUUGAGGAGCAUCAACUCCAGAAUCACCAUAACGCCGUACAAUGUCCAACUGACGAGUUCUAAUGCUUUGGACAUCUCGUCUCGAUAUGAUAUCAUAUUGGACUGUACAGACAACGUGCCUUCCCGGUACCUGCUCAAUGAUCUCUGCGUUAUGUCUAAGGUGCCAUUAGUAUCUGGUAGUGCAUUGAAAAUGGAAGGCCAACUGACUAUCUACGGCUAUAGGAGUAAGAAAAAUAUGAAUGAAAUGGAUGCCUCAUAUAUAGGACCUUGUUACCGCUGCGUGUUCCCCUCUCCUCCGCCACCGGAGACAGUCGGCAGUUGCUCGGCGAAUGGCGUCGCCGGUCCCGUGCCAGGGGUCAUAGGCUGUCUCCAAGCUUUAGAAGCUAUAAAAUACAUUGUGGGACAUACACACGAACAGCUGCUGGUGGAGAGAAUGUUACUUUUCGACGGCGCAGACAGCAGCUUCAGAACUGUGAAACUCCGCGCCCGUAAUCAACAAUGCGCGGCGUGUUCAGAAAACGCAACUAUAUCCCAACUACUCGACUACGAGGUGUUCUGCAAAGCACAGGCCAAGGAAAAGAAGAAGAAAGAAUCUCGUCUUAAAUCAGAGCGCCGUAAACAAGAGAAAGAGAAACGCAUGACCGGCCAAAAGUACUACGGGUUCCGUAUAACCAAAUCUAACGACACCAAAAAAUGGAUACAGGACGUGCCGAAAUCUGAACGAAAAUUGGGCUCCCCCUGUAUAUCGGAGUUUUGUGCGAAAGGGACGGCGCGAUACUGCUCACAAUUCACUGAGGAACAGAGACAGGAGAUAUUCACUUACUUCUGGAACUCCCUAGAUUGGAAAGGGAAGAAGAAUUACGUAAGAUUACUAGUCGACAGUGUACCACCAAAGAGACGUAGACUAAAACAUAAAGGCGAGGUAUCACGGAAAGGCGAUUCUAAACUCUACCACUUAUACAAUAAGGAUCAAAGACAACCAGUUUGUAGAUUAAUGUUUUUAAACACUUUAGGUGUUAAAGAAGCUAUGGUCAGGUGUUGGUUAUUGAACGAGGACAAGCCGAAGUGCAAGAAGAAACCUUUGAAGUCGUUAAAUGUAGAUGGCUAUAUUGAUAAUUUGCCUAAAGUACCCUCAAAAUGCCAAUAUUGUAUAAAUUCAGGCUGUAAUAUAAUGUAUAUAGAUCUCGAUGUAAAAAGUCAAUACCAGUUAUAUAAUCAAUAUAUUAAAGAUAUGAAAUCGAUCAACAUAGUACCAGCGUCAAGGAAGACCUUCUCCAAAGUGGUUCUUAUGAAGAAUGUGAGGAUAUUUAAGCCCAAAAAUGAUACGGAUGUAUGUGAUCUGGUCGCACAACAUAAUGUGUUGCCGAGUUUAGGAUAUCAGAGUGUGAAUAUGGAUAAAAAUGAAUUGACUAGUCAGAAUGUGAAUGCGAGUUAUUUUUAUAAUGCACAAUGGUAAUACAGUGGACCCGCGGUAAUCCGGCCCCCCUUGUAAUCCGACAUUGUCUAUUAUUUGUUAUUGAAUAUUACUUUGACAAUAUACUUCAGAGUGCAUAUACAUACAUACAUAUAUAACAUAGAAUCUUAUCACUGGAUCUGUAAUUUGUCGGAUUACAAGAUACUCUUUUGUAAAAAAUUCCGGACUAUAAGCAGAGGACCCUUAAGCAGCACUCUAUAAUCCGACAAAUACGAUGGUCCGACACUGCCCUGCAAAACGUUUGUCGGAUAACCGGGGGUCUACUGUAUAUGUAUAUAAUAUAAAGAA